CUUUUCCUUCUUUCAUUCUUGCUGAAGAAAAAAGAGAUGUUCAACCUAAAAUACCAAUUACGACUAAAAAAGAUCUUCCGUAUAUAAAAUUCAAAAAAGAUUACCCUUGUGCAAUGUUCGAAUUAAGAACUUGGAUCCUGGCAUUCAAGCAAGCAUUAGAUAAAACAACUUUGAAUGAGGUCGAAAGUUGCAUUAAUGAUGUUAUUAAAGAUACUAAUGAUAUGGAAGAUAUUACAAUUAAAUAUAUAUUAUCUAAAGAAACAUUGCACCACGAAAAAAGCAAAAUUACACCACAGGGCUGA